AUGCAGCAGUACAAACAACAUCAGCAGAUCUAUAGCGGUUACAAGUUCAAACAUCGUCGAAAUAUUAAUCAUAGACUUGAUAAUAAAAAUGAUAGCAACAAAAGUGACAAUAAUUAUCCCAGCAACAACCACAACAACAAUUACAAUAACAACAACAACAAAUACAAUAACUUUCCAUCUCAUGAACAACAAAACUAUCAAACAGAGCAAUUCCACAACCGUCAGCUGCAACUACAUUCAAGACCCUACCAAAAAGGUCACCAUCAAAGUGAUUCUCCACGUCCAACAACAAACAACAACAACAGAAAUAUAACGGUUUACAACUUCAACAACAACAACGACGACGACGACGAGAACAAUUUCUGUCUUAUCCAUGUCGACGUAGCCAUUAAACCAAUCGAAUACUUCAAAAUCAUCCGAUGCGUCAUCCAGCUACUCGAUAUUAACGACAAUGUACCGAUCUAUUCGCCAAGUCAGUUCAUCCAGGAGCUGUCCGAAUCCUCGCAACUGGAACAGGGAUUCGUUAUUCCCAUUCCGAAAGAUCCGGAUUUGGGCCGAAACGGAGUUGUCGGAUACGAACUGAUUGUGGAAGAUCCAGAUGACGAUAAAUUCAAAUUGAAGGCUAUCACAAAGAUGGACGGAUCGACGGAAGUAAAGUUGGUGCUGACGUCACAGCUUGAUAGGGAGGUCAAGGACACGCACAAUGUCAAGGUCGUGGCCCACGAUGGGGGCGUCCCGUCAAACAGAGGUGUCCUUGAGGUAACCAUAGUUGUACUGGACAGUAACGACAACGUGCCAUCGUUCGAGCAGACGAUAUACGACAUCAGCGUGACCGAGAACACGGCGCGCGGCACUGUGGUUCUUAAUGUACUGGCCAGAGAUAGUGACUCAGGACUGAAUGGCGAGGUCAUGUAUUCCUUCGCCCCCAGCACUCAAAAUAUGUACGGUGACCUUUUCGAGGUUGACCUGAAAUCAGGUGAUGUCAAGGUGAAAGGUCUGAUUGACAGGGAGGUCACCAGACUGUGCCACCUCAUCGUCCUGGCGACCGAUAACGGCACACCUCCACUCCAAUCGGAAGUAGCCGUAGUGAUUGACGACCAGAACGACAACGCCCCUUCCAUAAGUAUCAACACGUUAGCAGAAGUGAACGCACAGGCAGCCAGCGUUCUGGAAAAUUCUAAGGCGGGAGAUUUUGUCGGUCACGUGAUCGGGAACGACGCUGACGCUGGCAUCAAUGGAAAAUUUAAUUGUAGUCUAAAGAAAGUAGAAUAUUUCAGGCUGAAGAGGAUGUUCAACGGCGAGUACAACAUCAUCACGUCCUCUCCAAUCGAUCGCGAACUCUUGAAAAAAACAUCCUACCAGCUCAGCAAUCUCUACAGCACAAUCAACGUUCCGCAAGAUAUUUCUACUGAUUUUGGAAAUCCACCGCUAGUAUCGGAAAGACAGUUCUUUGUUUUCAUUAGUGACGUGAACGACAACAACCCGAUUUUCGACCAGUCCGUUUACAAGUUCAACGUCACCGAAAACAGCCCAUUUGGUUUUCCGGUUGCCACGGUCAGAGCGACAGACAUCGACAGCGGAAAUAACGCCAAAGUGACGUAUUUAAUUAUGAAAGAAUCACCUCCGUUCGCGAUUAACUCAAACAGUGGAGAAAUUACACCAACCACCUUGCUCGAUUAUGAGGUCAUCAAAUCAAUAACAUUCAAAGUUGUCGCCAAGGACAAUGGCACUCCAGCACUUUCGGCCACAGCAACAGUCGUCGUGGAGGUCCAAGACGCUAACGAUCACCCACCCAUUUUUACGGUGCCUACCUUUCAAUUUCAAAUCUCAGAAAACCUUCCACCGGAAUCGGAAGUAGGUUAUCAAAAUUUGCAUUCUUCACAACGUUCAAAAAAUGUAACUUGGACUCCAAAAUAUCUCCCUAAAUUUAAAAUCGACAAAUCAACCGGUCUCAUAACAACAAGAACACUUCUGGAUAGAGAACUUGCCGACAAACACGUCAUCAUAGUAGCUGCUGUCGACAGCAAUGACAUUACAUUAACGUCAUCCACCACAGUUGUUGUCAUGGUGAAUGACAUGAACGACAAUCCACCAAAAUUCAUCUACCCACCCACUUCCACGGCUACGAUUAUCCUACCCGAACCGUUAUUAACCGGCAGGACGAUAGCCUCGUUAACCGCAGUCGAUGCAGAUCUCGAUUUGAAUGGAGAUGUCAGAUAUUUUGUCGUU